AUGUCCGGAUUUAUAAACCACUUCUCUUCAAACGCACAUUUUACAACUCUCCAAGCGGACCAGAGCCUUAUAGGUGAUUUUAGAGGUGCAAGCAGUGACCAUGGUAAUAACGGCAUGAUUGAUUUUACCCUAAAACUAGAAGAACUGAGUCUGGAAGAGAAAAUACUAAAGGAGUUCACCUUAUUUCAAAGUCAGAACAUGGAUUUACUGCAAGAGACAUCGACGGCGAGUGGGAAUGCUAAUCCUUCUUUGAGACAAAGCCGAAUUCAAGGAUGGUGA